AGAAGGGGAGAUGGCUUCAGACUCCAGAAGGACACAGGCAGCAGCAAGUGCCCAGUCCGCUCUUGGCUUUGCUGACACUUGAGCCCACAUCCCAUCAUCUGCUCUGAAUCAUGAAGGUCUCCAUGGCUGCUGCUGCCAUCCUUCUCUGCACCAUGGCUCUCUUCAACCAGGUCUUCUCUGCACCAUUUGGUGCCGACACCCCGACUGCCUGCUGCUUCUCCUAUACCUCCCGGCAGAUUCCACGCAAAUUCGUAGUUGACUAUUUUGAGACCAGCAGCCAGUGCGCCAAGCCAGGUGUCAUCUUCCUAACCAGGAGAGACCGACAGAUCUGUGCUGACCCCAGUGAGGCCUGGGUCCAGGAAUACAUCAAUGACCUGGAGCUGAAUGCCUGAGUGGCCUGGGAGCAGCGAGGAACCCAGUGACCUCAGUGGGCCCGGUGGGGAGCAGGGGCCCGAGCCUCGGAAAUAUCCCUGUAACCUCCACAGCUACCUCUCCUGUGGGCUGGUUGUUGCCAAACAGCCACACUCUGGGACUCUUCUUAACUUAAAUUUUAAUUUAUUUAUAUUAUUUAGUUUUUAUAAUUUAUUUUUGAUAUCACACUGUGUUUGUGACUGUUUGCUCUGAAAGAUCCUGAGACACCUCCUUUGCCACCCCUUCCCCUCCCUCUUUGCUCACACUGUGGUUGGUGACAAUUGAAUGGCUGCCAUCAGCUUGUCCUAGGCAGACAUGGCACCAAAGCCACCAAACUGACAAAUAUGUAUUGGAUGCUUUUGUUCAGCACUGUGAUUAGCCCAGGGAAAUAAUAAAGAUGCUAUUUUUAAAAGUAAA